CGUGCGAUUAUCUCUGGGGAUCAUCCUCGUCAUUAUAGAGAGGCUGCGCGAACAAUGCCCUACUGAAAAAGGAUUCUGGUCAAGAUGCUGCGGCGUGCAACUGCAGUCCUCUUCAUCUUGGUGAUUGCUACUUCCAUGUCGCAACUCACUCAGGAAUUAACAAGCACCAAUCGAGAUAGCGGAGUGAUUUUAAACAUCAGCGAUGAACAAAAAAUUCAGUACUUAAGCCAAAACUUUGAAGCAGAUGCAUACAAAUAUGGUUACGAUGUUAAUCCAGAUGGACAAUUUCAUCAUGAAAUACGUGGCCUACAUGGGAUUACCUAUGGAUGUUACGGCUACGUUGAUCCCUUUGGCCACCUAAAAACAACGUUUUAUAUCAGUGACGGAUGGGGUUAUCGCGUUGUUCAACCAGGGAAGGACGUGGAACUUUUCCUUCACAAGCAUGAACAUCACGAAAACGAAGGCAAACAUGAUCAUCACGAGCAUCAUGGUCUGAUUACAUCAUGGCGAGAAUUACAUUUCCCCAUGGUGUGUGCGCAAUACACGAACAUUCCACCAAGUGAAGGAACAGCACCUAUUGGAAGCGGAUCAAUAAUUCAAGCAAAGCCAACUCGACCUCCUUAUAGGCCUAACUCAUCAGGACAUCCGGGCAUUCCCGGUAUUCCAAGUACACCAGGAAAACCAGGAACGCCGUCAUAUCCAGGGCAUCCAGGGACUCCUGGCAUCCCUGGUACUCCAGGGAUACCGUCAUAUCCAGGGCAUCCAGGGACUCCUGGCAUUCCUGGAAAACCAGGAACGCCAUCAUAUCCAGGGCAUCCAGGGACUCCUAGCAUCCCUGGUAUUCCAGGGACACCUGGAAUUCCAGGGACACCGUCAUAUCCAGGACAUCCAGGGAUUCCUGGCAUCCCUGGUACUCCAGGAACACCCGGUAUUCCAAGUACACCAGGAAAACCAGGAACACCGUCAUAUCCAGGGCAUCCAGGGAUUCCUGGCAUCCCUGGUACUCCAGGAACACCCGGUAUUCCAAGUACACCAGGAAAACCAGGAACACCGUCAUAUCCAGGGCAUCCAGGGACUCCUGGCAUCCCUGGAAUUCCAGGAAAACCAGGGAUACCGUCAUAUCCAGGACAUCCAGGGAUUCCUGGCAUCCCUAGUACUCCAGGAACACCCGGUAUUCCAAGUACACCAGGAAAACCAGGAACGCCAUCAUAUCCAGGGACUCCUGGCACCCCUGGUACUCCAGGGACACCUGGCAUUCCAGGGACACCGUCAUAUCCAGAGCAUCCAGGGACUCCUAGCAUCCCUGGGAUUCCUGGCAUCCCUGGUACUCCAGGAAUUCCAGAAAAACCAGGGAUACCGUCAUAUCCAGGACAUCCAGGAAUUCCUGGCAUCCCUGGUACUCCAGGAACACCCGGCAUUCCAAGUAUACCAGGAAAACCAGGAACACCGUCAUAUCCAGGGCAUCCAGGGACUCCUGGCAUCCCUGGAAUACCAGGAAAACCAGGGAUACCGUCAUAUCCAGGACAUGCAGGGAUUCCUGGCAUCUCUGGUACUCCAGGAACACCCGGUAUUCCAAGUACACCAGGAAAACCAGGAACGCCAUCAUAUCCAGGGCAUCCAGGGACUCCUGGCAUCCCUGGAACACCCGGAACACCCGGUAUUCCAAGUACACCAGGAAAACCAGGAACGCCAUCAUAUCCAGGGCAUCCAGGAACUCCUGGCAUCCCUGGUACUCCAGGGACACCUGGAAUUCCAGGGACAUCGUCAUAUCCAGGACAUCCAGAGAUUCCUGGCAUCCCUGGUACUCCAGGAACACCCGGUAUUCCAAGUACACCAGGAAAACCAGGAACGCCAUCAUAUCCAGGGCAUCCAGGAACUCCUGGCAUCCCUGGUACUCCAGGGACACCUGGAAUUCCAGGGACACCGUCAUAUCCAGGACAUCCAGGGAUUCCUGGCAUCCCUGGUACUCCAGGAAUACCAGGAAAACCAGGGAUACCGUCAUAUCCAGGACAUGCAGGGAUUCCUGGCAUCCCUGGUACUCCAGGAACACCCGGUAUUCCAAGUACACCAGGAAAACCAGGAACGCCAUCAUAUCCAGGGCAUCCAGGGACACCUGGAAUUCCAGGGACACCGUCAUAUCCAGGACAUCCAGGGAUUCCUGGCAUCCCUGGUACUCCAGGGACACCUGGAAUUCCAGGGACACCGUCAUAUCCAGGACAUCCAGGGAUUCCUAGCAUCCCUAGUAUUCCAAGUACACCAGGAAAACCAGGAACGCCGUCAUAUCCAGGGCAUCCAGGGACACCUGGAAUUCCAGGGACACCGUCAUAUCCAGGACAUCCAGGGAUUCCUGGCAUCCCUGGUACUCCAGGAACACCCGGUAUUAUUCCUGGCGUACCCAAACCAGGAACGCCGUCAUAUCCAGGGCAUCCAGGGACUCCUGGCAUCUCUGGUACUCCAGUGACACCUGGAAUUCCAGGGACGUCGUCGUAUCCAGGACAUCCAGGGAUUCCUGGCAUCCCUGGUAUUCCAAGUAUACCAGGAAAACCAGGAACACCGUCAUAUCCAGGGCAUCCGGGUAUUCCUGGCGUACCCGGUAUUCCAAGUACACCAGGAUCAUCGUCAUAUCCAGGACAUCCGGGCGUUCCUGCCAUCCCUGGUACUCCAGCGAUACCUGGAAUUCCAGGGACACCGUCAUAUCCAGGGCAUCCAGGGACUUCUGGCAUCCCUGGUACUCCAGGAACACCCGGUAUUCCAAGUACACCAGGAAAACCAGGAACGCCAUCAUAUCCAGGUCAUCCAGGGACUCCUAGCAUCCCUGGUACUCCUGGAAUUCCAGGCAUACCAGGAAAACCAGGAACACCAUCAUAUCCAGGGCAUCCAGGGACUCCUGGAAUCUCUGGUACUCUAGGGACACCUGGAAUUCCAGGAACGCCAUCAUAUCCAGGAUAUCAAGGAGCUCCAGGCAUUCAUGCUAUUCCAGGGACACCAGGAAAACCAGGAACGCCGUCAUAUCCAGGACAUCUGGGUAUUCCUGGCAUAUCCGGUAUCCCAAGUACACCAGGAAAACCAGGAAAACCAGGACCGUCAUAUCCAGGACAUCCGGGUAUUCCUGGCGUACCCGGUAUUCCAAGCACACAAGGAAAACCAGGAACGCCGUCAUAUCCAGGACAUCCGGGUAUUCCUGGCAUAGCCGGUAUUUCAAGUACACCAGGAAAACCAGGGUCUCCUAGCAUCCCUGGUUCUCCAGGAACAUCAGGAAAACCAGGAAUACCGUCAUAUCCAGGUUAUCCGGGUAUUCCUGGCAUAUCCGGUAUUCCAAGUACACCAGGAAAACCAGGAACGCCGUCAUAUCCAGGACAUCUAGAGAUUCCUGACAUUCAUGGUACUUCAGCAACACCCGAAAUUCCAAGCAGACCAGGAAAACCAUUAUAUCCAGGAACUCCUAGUAUUCCUGGUACUCCAGGCACGCCAGGAAAGCCAGGAAUACCGUCAUAUCCAGGGUAUCCAGGAACUCUUGGAAUUCCUGGUACUCCAGGGAUACCUGGGAUUUCAGGCAUACCAGGAAAACCAUCAUAUCCAGGUCAUCCAGGAACUUCUGGAACACCUGCUAUCGCAGGCAUACCAGGAAAACCAGUAACAUCACCGUAUCCAGAGACUCCAGACUUAUCCGAUGUACCAGAAACACCAAGCACGUCGCAAUAUCCUGGUCACGCGGGUACAUCUGAUAUUUCUAGUUCAUUAGAAACAUCUGGAUUACUUCCACAUCCAGGUUAUUUGGGCACACCUGGUAUUUCUGAAAUAAUCGGAAUAUCAGAAAUACCAAUAACGUCAUUACAUCCCGGCGAACAUACAGGGAUUUCUAACAUUCAUGGCACAAUCGAAAUUUCAGGGUCACCUGGAAAGCCAGAAAUUUUGUUGUAUCCCGAACAUCCUGGAACUUCUAACGUUGCUGGCAUUUCCAGCAUAUCAGGAAAACCAGACAAACCAGGAACGCCGUUAUAUCCUGGAUAUCCAGGAACUCUUGGUUUAACUGGAAUUUCAAGCAUUCCAGGAAAACCAGCAGCACCAUCAUAUCCAGGAUAUCCUAGCAUCCCUGGUACUCCAGGCAUACUUGGGAUACCAGGAACACCAGGACGACCAGGAAUGCCAUCGUAUCCUGGACCUCUAGGAACUCCAGACAUUCCCGGAAUAGUCGAAUUAUACCCAACGUAUCCUGGUAUAUCAGGAAUUCCGGGAAUACAAGGAAAACCGGGAACAUCAUAUCCAGGACACAUAGGAAUUAGUAUCGCUAGCACAUCUGGCACUCUCGGUAUAUCAGAAAUAUCAGAAAAUCUAGAAAAACCAAUAUCAUCAUAUCCUGGAUUGUCUAUUUAUCCUGUUACAUCAGAAACACCUAAUGUACCUUUACAAUCUGAGUCACUAGGUAAACCAGAUGAUUUAUUAUAUCCCGGGAUUACUACUAUACCAAAUAGACCAAGCAUUUCUUUCAAGCCGAGUAAACCAGGUUAUCCGAGUUAUCCUACGUAUCCAGAAUAUAUAGAAGAUUCAAAGAAUCCAGAAGGGCCAAUAGGACCUGAGGGUCCAGUGGGAAGUGUAGGUCCGAUUGGUGGCAUUGGAGGUAUCGGUGACGUUGGUCCUGAUGGUCCUGACGGACCAUGGCCAACCGGUUCCCCGGGUCCUAAUGGACCAUGGCCUGGUGAUCCAGAUUAUAUACCCGGAAUAAAACCAACAAGAAAACCUUCGCAUAAAAGUUCAAUAAAUUAUCCUACCACUGAGUCAUUUGACACAGACAGAUAUAACUCCAUCUCGAAAUAUAGUUUUAAUAAUAAAACUGAUUCUUCACAUACGGGCUAUACUCUAAAGGAUAUCAAAUUAUCGAAAUUGUCACAUCCAACAAAAGUUAAUACAUCUUUAUAUAUAAAGCAUAGACCUCAAUACGGAACUCAAUCCACAUCGUCAAUCUAUGGGGAAAAAGAAACUAUCUACAACGCAAAUAAAAUCAAUUCAUUGUUGCAAACAGAUCUGACACCGUCAUCAUUGAAAUAUGAGACCGAAGAUCAAUAUACAGAUGUGUUAAAACCGAAUUCACAAUUUUAUGAUCACUUGAUACAUACAGGAUCACAACAAAUAAAGAAACCUCCGAAAAAUAACUUGAAGCAAUUUUCUGUGCACGAUCGAGAUCAGUAUCAAAAAUCAAUAUUUUAUCCAUUUUCUAACUCACAACAGCAAAAGCCUCCUAAAGGCUUAGAUCAAUCUGAUAAAUUAAAACAACAAGAAGACAAAUUUAAUGUGGAUGGACAAUAUAAUAAUUCUGCCGAUGCGGAUGACAAAUUGAUUUCUAACGUGUCCUUUCAAUCGGAUGGACCUUCCUCUGCUCCGAACAGACAGGUAAAUGCACGCCUUGAGCAGACAUUCCGGGUGAAUCCCGUUCUCGACAGUAUACGGGUUCAGCCGCCCAGCUCCAUCAACGUCAAGCCCUUAUCGUUACCUGUAGGGCCAAAUUCACAAGCAUGUCCCUGUUACUUAGUCGAGCCGAAUAACAACACAAACGUAGCAACCAGCUCGACUCUCACCUCUAUCAUUGGGCAAUUGGGAUUCAUUCCUGUUAUCUUCGUACCAUACUGUCCUGGCAAAGAGGUGGACAGCAAUAAGAUGAAACUUAUGUUCCCGUCCGCUACUCCUGUUCCAUAUGCAUGCGACACAUGUGAUACACAAGACAACAAAUUUGUUGUAAAAACGCUCGAUAUAAAUCAACUUGGCAAUAUUGAUUAUCUUAAAGAGGCAUUAUAUCAAUCCAAUCUUGGCUUUUUGAAUGUUCCAGUUAAGACCAACAUCGAGCGAAGAAGAAAGGCGAAAUGAAGAGUGUAACACUAACUUAUUAAGCUUAAGUUGUGAUCGUUCUAAAAAGAGCUUAUUUUCUGCUAGAGAAUAGAAAUAAAUAUAGGAUAUUGGCAUUGCCUGUCCGUCAGCUGCUGGUUAGUUGAUGGAUAGCCAAACUAAAGAUAUUUGCCGAAAUAAUCAAUAAA